CCAGGUUUUGCGGUGGCGCCAGAGCGAGCUGCAGCAUGCAUAUAAUCGUCCACGCGCGGAGCUGAAGAGGAGAACGGUUCGAACGACGCACCGAAGCCUUGGCGGUGUUCUACGCGCCCCGUUCUUCUAGGUGGCCGGCCCGACCUCUUCUCUCCUUCAACAGCUUCUGCGAGGAGUUGUUCCUGGAGCUGGUCUCUGCCCUUCGACUCGAUGUGACGCCCGUUUUCUGCCAGCAGGUGCCUGCGGAAACUCACGUCCUGGAACCAUGUCGAGACCGCAGAUUGGUAUCGACCGUCUGCCCACGCAACGCGUGAGCGAGAAGCCAAAAGAGGCAAUGAACUGUAAGAGCUGUCGGAAGAGGAAGAUCAAGUGCAACAGACUGAAGCCUUCGUGCGAGGCCUGCCAGAUCUUCGCCUGUCCGUGCAUCUACGAUGCCGUGCCAAAGAAGCGUGGGCCCAAGACCGACGUGCUCGAGGCGCUUCUCAAGCGCGUCGACGGACUGGAAAAGCGUCUGCGCACCGACAGCGACACCACGCCGGUCACAGAGGUCAAGGAAGCCAUCCUCGACGCCGUCCGAGGCUCAAACAGUCCGGAGGAGAAGCCUCCCGUCGAUGCUCAGGCAGGAGACACUCUCGGCUCCACCCCGUCCGAUGCCGCCGAUAGCCGGGCUCCGCCUCGUCCUGCAGACAGCUCGUCCCCGACGAGAGCAGGCGCUUUUCCUAGCCCCGAGUAUGCGCAGGUGUUGCUGGACACGUACUUUCGCCGCAUCCAUGGCAAGCCGUACUACAUCCUGGACGAAGCUUCCACCCGUCAGCGGCUGGUCAACAACCAGCUACCCGAGCAUCUGUGCCUUGCAAUCUUUGCUGCCACGGCGCGAUACGCUGCAAACUACGCCGCCUACGACCAGACCGAACAAAAUGCCAAAGACUACGCCAGACUUGCCCGAUCGAAGCUCGACAUUGACGAACCCUCGAUAGAAGGGUUGCAGACGCUAAUGCUGCUGUCGCUGGCCAUGUUCCAAGAAGGACAAGGAAAGAAAACGUACAUGUAUCUAUCCUCCGCGGUCGCGAUGGCUCUCGCGCUGAAUCUCCACCGUGAACUUCCCCCCAAUGUUCGCGUAUCUGCCUCUGAGCGUGAAGGUCGCCGACGCCUAUUCUGGUCAUGCUACUUUUUAGAUCGCUUCGGGGCAUGUGGCUCGCAGCGGCCUUCUCUCAUCUCCGACGAGUGCAUCAUGCUCAGGCUGCCGACCGGCUCGAUGUCUGACGACGUCAUGGAACUGGAGGGCGACUUCUUUCCGAACAACUCGAACUUACAGUUCAUGGGUGGUGCAGGCAACGCGGGGCCUUGCGGUAGCAGCAUGCUCAUCAGCAUUACCAGGAUCCUCGGCAACACAAAUCGAUACCUAGCGGCUGGCGGUGUCAAGGGAGACACGCACUUUCCUUGGCAUUCGAUGUCGACGUUAUCAAAAAUUCGGCAAGAUCUCGACCUUUGGACUGCCGACACGCAGGACACCUUCUCUUCGCUCGAAACGCUUUUUGGGCAGCCAGACAGUGUCGUCCUCGUCGUGUGUAAACUCAUCUACCACCUCAUCCACUGCUUGAUAUAUCGACCGUUUCUACCAGUAGACCUGGCUGAGCUCUCGAGGUCGUCGCAACACCAGUCUUGGCAGAUCGAAGCCACCAAUCUGUGCUUCUUGCACGCAAACGCAAUUACAGAACUCGUCGAGAUUGGAAAGGCAUCUGGAAUCACAGACUGGCCUGCCUUUGUCAGCUACUGCGUCUGCACCGCUGGAACAAUCCAUGUCCACGGUGCUCAUUACCAAGGGCAAGCUGGCGAGGUUUUUUCGAUGAGUGCCGAAUUUCUUUCGCGUGAAUUGCAGCAACUGUCCGAGCUUGGAUACAUCUGGGGUGGAAUACAGCACCAAAGAGAUACAUUGCAAACUCUGUACGGUGCGCACUCUGAACUCGUCAAGUCUUUGGCCACCAAUCCUAUGCGUUUCUCACCAGUCUUCCAGAUGGAGGGCUUUUUCGAGCGCUAUCCGGGUUACUAUUUUGACGGUUCGCACAUCACGCUCAACGAUCUGAUGAGCGACAGCGGAUCCGUGAUCCAGCAGCAACCUCAGAAAUUCAACACGCACUCGCCGACAAGAGCUUUUCAACCACCACUCAAUAGAUCGUAUUCCGAACACGCUGUUUCUUAUCAGUUGCCAGCCCCGGCUUCCACAUUGGGUUCAACACCAAAUCGACAGCCGCGUAAGCGACGGGCCACGGUCGAUCCGAACGGGUCCACCUCUGCGACCGAUGGCAUGAUGGGCGACGCACAACAGAAUCAGCAAAACCAUCAAAUGAUGGCGUACCAACCACCGUACAUUUCCACUGCAACACCGCAACAGGAUUUCUCCGACACGCAUUUCAGCUCCUCACUUCCGACGCCCGCGACGCCCAACUUUUCGUACUCGACAAACGAGACAUUUAUGCAAGUUGACUACUCAUCCACGUCAAGCAACAUGUCGCAGCACACCCCUAGCAUACCUCCUGACGUCAACAGAUACGACCCUAUGCUGUCCGCACCUGCACAAUACGACCAGGCUGGCAACAGUGCCGCCGCAACGCCUCGAGCCAUACUCCAUCAGAUGGCACCAAACCAUGAUCACGACUCUGUAGGUUUAGGCAUAAGCACCGGGACAAACAGUCAAAACGACGUCGAUCCUUUUCUCGCACUGCUCGAGCAGCUGGCAGAGAACGAACAAAGUAGAGGAGGGCCGAGCGAGCUCGACUUUUUCCUAAGUGGGACGUCAUGACCUCAAGUCGCGAGUCCAGCGAUUGGGCAGUCUGAACUUUUUUUUUUUCGAAACCAAAAAAAGGCGUGGCGUUCUACAAGGAUUGGGGGAUCAUACACAAGGGGAAAACAAAGAUUCUCUCUUCUGCUACUUUAUGAUACCAAUUCGCGAGGGAAUGGGCAUGCGGUUCUGAAUGGGGUGUUGCUUCCUUUAGAGUGAUUGAAACAGUUGAGACUCUCGACAUCUCUUCAGCACUCUGUAUGAUAAAAAAGAUCAUCACAAUCGAUACAUUUAUAAUAUUAAAGCUCACUCAUCGUCCUCAACCUCCGGCAUUGAGAAAGCGUCAAACACAGCGACUUGCCGUAAUUUACUGACACAAAACAUGUCUUUGG